AAAUCGGCGCCACAUUUUCGCGCGGAGUGUGUGCCUAUUGCAGCGCCUCUAACUACAGAUUGGAAUGGGAUCUGUAUCAGAUGUAUUAAUGCGCCAUAGCCUCGAAAACAUUUUCCUAAAGAGCAGCACAAUGCAGGGCAGGGCCUGUAUUUGUUAUUUAUAAUCAGUUGGAUUUUCAUGUGCGUUAAUUAGAGUAUGGAGCAGGGAAAAUUAAUUACAUCAAGACUUUUUGUGACGUCUGUUGUGGAAAACAGAGACGAAUUCGACGAGAAAUAUGAAAGGGCCUAUCAAUCACUUCAGUCCCUUAUCUCAGGAUUGAGCGAUACAGAUGCACACGAUGCUUUGACAAAUGCUGUUUGCAAGGAUAAGACUCAUGAAGAGGUCUGUCUGGGACUUCUCACUGUCAUUCUGACAGAGCCUCAAAAUGCAGCCAAAAGUUACAGAGACUUAACAAUGGUUUCAAGAGAUGGUCUAGCUAUAGUUCUAGUGCAUCUUACAAAUCUCAUUCUUGAAAGGUACUUACGAUUUCAAGAUGUUGUCAGAAGUCAAGUAUUGUGGUUAGUGCGUGAAAUGAUAAAUGCUGUGAAUAAUGUGGAUAAUGUCUGUUGGAAUGUCAUGAGAUUAGCUUCCGGGGGGGAUAUAACACAUCGUAAUAUAUUUUUGAUUGAGAAUUUAUUGGAUAUUUUCCAAGAGCACAGAGCCUGGUUGGAUAAAUUUCCACUUCUGAUAGGCUCUGUUGUUUAUACAUAUCUUAGACUGAUAGAAGAUCACACAUCCCCAGCUUUAGCCAAUUUAAGAGACAGAGAAGUUAAAUUUGUAGUCAAUUUAAUCAGGGAACGUUUUUCUGACAUUUUAAAAUUAGGUAGAGAUUUUGUUCGUUUAUUGCAAAAUGUAGCUAGAAUACCAGAGAUCGAACAAUUAUGGAAAGAUAUACUUAAAAAUCCAAAAUCUUUAUGCCCUACUUUCACUGGUAUUCUGCAAUUAUUACAAACUCGCACAUCUAGAAGAUAUUUACAAUCUCGUCUCACGCCUGAUAUGGAAAGGAAAUUAGUUUUUUUGACAUCACAAGUUCGGUUUGGUAACCAUAAAAGAUACCAAGAUUGGUUUCAGAGACAAUAUUUAGCUACCCCAGAAUCACAGUCUUUGCGUAGUGAUUUUAUAAGGUUUAUUGUUAGUGUUAUUCAUCCAACAAAUGAAUUACUAUGUUCAGAUAUAAUACCCAGAUGGGCUGUAAUCGGGUGGCUUUUAACAACAUGUACUGCAAAUGUGGCUGGUUCAAAUUCAAAAUUAUCUCUAUUUUAUGAUUGGUUAUUUUUUAGUCCCGAAAACGACAAUAUAAUGAACAUUGAACCAGCAAUUUUAGUAAUGCAUAAUUCAAUGAGGUCACAUCCAGCUGUUACAGCUGCUUUGCUUGAUUUUCUAUGUCGAAUAAUUCCAAAUUUUUAUCCUUCACACACAGACAAAGUACGGAUGGGCGUCUUAAAUUCUUUAAGGCAAAUAGUUGAAAAAAGAGUUUUACCUAAUUUGUAUCCAUUAUUUGAUAAUGUAAAAAUGGACAGAGAACUAAAAGCAAUGGUGAGAGAAACAUUUAAAGAGUUUUGUGCACCUGAAUCUUUUCCAGUGAAUAAAAUUGAGGAUGUUAAUUUAGAAACUAAUAAUACUAACAAUCAUAUAUUCACAAAAGAUGAGGCUGUAUUCAGUGAUGAAGAGGAUGAUCCAGUUCCGAUGAUUAUACACACUGGUUAUGAUACUGAUGAUGAUGAUAUUCCUUUAUCUAAAGUUCGAUUAAAAGAAGAAGAAAAAGAAUGUGAAGAUGAAGAAGAAGAAGAAGAGGAAGAGGAUCCUCUUGGAUGCCUCCAAGGAUCACUUCGCAAUUUAUCAGAACAGCUCUUACAAACAAAAACCCCAGAAGAAAAAUGUUCUUCCGUUGAAGCAAUCAUAAAAGAAGUUCUGUUGAUAAACAAGUUAGACGAUGAUACAUUAGAAAGUUUAAGUGAUUGUUUAUGUACGGCUUUGCAAGACACAAUUCAUAAAAACAUUUUCCCUGAAUCAGUGAACGAAGAUACUUUAAAUGAAAGUAUUAGUGGUCCUUUAUUUGUGCUGUUCCGAACAUUUUAUCAGCUAUAUCAAAACGAAGACAAAAAAAGGCGCAUUCUUAUCAGUAUUUUAGCUGAAAUGUACUCCACAAUUCCUCAGAUAGGUUAUUUAUUGUUAUAUUUUUUAAAAGUAAAUGGACAAAAUGAAUUUAGUAAAAGUUUAAGUGCAAAUCAACAGUCUAGCAAUAGUAAACAGAAUAAUCUCAUAAAAGGGGCAGUGUAUAAAGAUUUCUCAUUAACAAUAGAAAAAAAAUUAGAUACGAGUUUAUUGAAUGAUUUAAGAUUGUGUCAGGAAGACAAUGGAGAGUUGUUGUUGUGGUUAACACCAGAAGUGUAUAGGGAGUUCAAAACAGUGACUAUAAACAAUAUUUCGAUUUUACAUGUGAUUGUGCAAACGGUGGAUGCAGGUCAGUUGCAGGACUUGGUCUGCCAUAUUCUGCAAGGGCGAUUGGUUAUGUUCAAGAACGAAACAUUGCAACCGCUUCUCCUGGCAAGUCUGAUGUGGGAAACAUUCGAACAGUAUGCUCUGUGGCAGCUGAUAGCAGCCCACGAUGUUCCUUUAGAGAAUCUAUUACCAAUUCUUCCUAAAUUGGAUUUCAAAUCCCACGCCGAGGCGCUGACCAGCAUCCUGCUUCGUCUUAAGCAAGAAGAGCCGACGGCGGAUCUUUUGAAAUUAUUAUUUUGUCGAGAGGUGAGAGCGAAGGGGGACAUGUUUGUAAUAUCGACGUUGAAAUAUUGGUGUUUGGACUACGAAGAUAAAUUAGGCGAUUUGCUGUCGAAUCUGCUGAACACUAGGAAUCCUGGCACGUCGCCGAACAAGAGGAAACGACUGCCAAAGACGGGGAUCAGCAAUCAGGGGUCGCCCAGCAUCGAACAGGUAUUAGGACAUCUAGAUGUUUUACGCCUUUGCUGCAGAAAUUGCAGCGGGGGAACUACCACAAAUUUGUACUCCAUGGACACUGUGCAACGAGCCCUUCAACAAGCCCACACAAAUAGUUCAGAAUCACAAAAGAAACAAUUCAGCGAACUUUUCGCGCUGGCUGAACCAGAAGAGAGUGCUCCACCAGGAGGCGGUAGUCGUGGCGGUUCAAGAAGCGUCAGCAGUCGAGGGAAAAAGGGCAGUGCUGGCGGUCAAACAAGAACCACGUCCAGAAAAAACGUUUUCAGAGCAGAAUCUGAUAGUUCAUCGGAAUCCAGUGAAGAAGAGGAAGUGGUGAAACCUAAACAAGCAAAGCGGCGAAAAAAAGCGCUUUCUGAUACUGAUUGACAUUUAAAUUGGGAAGACGGUUGAUGUGACUGAGUUAUCAUCAUUUGAAUGCCUCAUUAUAUAGUGAUUUAUUAGUAACUAAUGAUUUUCUUUUAAGAACGGUUAUUUAAAUUACCAAAGCGCCUUCAUAAACAAAUUAAGAAAAACAAACAACACAAUUAGAAUAUAACCGCUGUAUGCGAUCAUUGGACCGAGGAUAAACUUAUUUAAUAUGUACAUUAUCAAAAGAUGUGUCAGUGCAAUUGACAGGUGAUCUAAAACAAUUUUUUAAAUGACUGUGCU